CCGAGGCAGCAGCAGCAGCAGCGUUGGCGCCUCUUCGCUUUCCCGCGCAAAGCAAAUAGUGGGGGGGGGGGGGGUUAUAAAUUGCAAUUCAUGUACGAAAUAUAUCUAAAAUAGAGUAUAUUAACGGAGAGCCAUUCACUUUCCCUCAGAAUUCAACUCGCAAUUCGAUUGCGCGAAAAAAAAAUGUUGAACAUGGAUCACCGCGUCCCGAAUUUUAAUUCCGUGAAGGGGGACGAGCUGGACCUGCACGACCUGAGGAGCGUGGAGUUCCCGCCGCUGUUCAUCUGCAAAGGCGGCCUCGCGUUUCGGAGAGAAGACAGCAAAGAGGCAUACAAGCUACCACAUCGACUCAUAGAGAAGAAAAGGAGGGAUCGCAUUAAUGAGUGCAUCGCACAGCUUAAAGAUUUGCUCCCUGAACAUCUCAAACUAUCAACCCUGGGUCAUCUGGAGAAGGCUGUGGUGCUGGAACUGACAUUGAAACACGUGAAAACACUGACUUCCCUGACCCAGCAACAGCAAGAGCGGCUUAAUGUACUGCAGAAAGGAGAGCAGCCAGAACUCGACGACCAAACUGGGCUGCAGGCUUUCCGGCUGGGCUACCACGCGUGCGCACGUGAGGUCCUCACGUACCUGGCGCGCCAGGAGAGGUGGGGGGCGUGUGAAGCCAGCAGCCCCGGCCUGCUCAGCCACCUGCAGAGGGCUGUCACCCUGGGCCUUCCUGACGGCGUCGCGUCUUCUCUCUCCGUCGACCCUCGCUCCUGUACCGCCGCCGAAGAAGAAGAAGACGGCAGCAGAAGGGGAGCUGGAGGGCCGCACUGCGUUCCCGUCAUCCGAAGGGGUGCCCUCGGAGGCGGCGCCGCCUCUGGCGGCACGGAGGCGGCGGGAUCCCCCCACCCCGCGGCGGCGGAUGGGGCUGGCGACGCGACGCGGGCGUCCUCGAACAGCGACACGGACAGCGACAGCGGCUACGGCGGGGACGGUGGCGCCCGGUGCGCCGGCGGGGGCGGCUGCCGGGAGGGGGCGCGGGUGAAGCGUGAACGGGUGGCGGGGCACGCGCCCGACCGCCGAUCCAAGAAGCGGCGCUUCAAGGUGGAGCCCGAGUGUCGGGCGGACGCGACGGCGGCGCGGGCGGCACCGCUGGGCGGCGAACGGGGAGCAGGUUGCGCGUCGGAACUGGCUACGAACGGGCCGAACCAGCCCUUUAUCGUGCCCUUCUACCUGGUGCACCCGGCGGCGGCCGCGGCGGCCGCUGCUGCAGCCGCGUACGGGCCCAUGGUGGAAGGAAAGGCCGCACAUGGCUUUGCGCCACUCCUGGACAAGAUGCCGUUCCCGCUGCUCUACUCAGGUCUGCCACCUGCGCUCGCCGCUGCAGCUCUGCACAACAUGCAGCAGCAGCAGCAGCAAAGCCUAUCCAGCAUCGGCACUCCGAGCAGCCCGGCCUCCGAGGACGAUAUUGAGUGAGGCUCGGAGAUGAGCAACCUCUUUCCCAGUGCGAGUCUCCGCAGUUUGUGUUUUCCAUGGAUUUUUUAUUUUUAAGUUCCCCACUGUCUUCAUAGCUGCUAUGAACUUUCUUACCCACCCCUACUGGACAUCUUCAUAGCUCAUCAGAUUCCUCCAGUAUAAACAAAUAUUCUGAUUCUGUCUGAUGAAGGUAAACUUGACUUUCUGGAGGCUCAAUGAACAAUUUUGUUUACAAAGUCCAUUGUUUUCUACCCAAAUCUAAAAGGCCACUUGUGUUUGUGAGACAAUUAUAAAAAUGCCUGCAAAGCUGCAUCGACCUGCAUUACCAUGGUUAUGUUUUUUAAAUCACGUUUUGGAAAGAAUGCUCAUAUGGGCAUUACUUAAAGUGAGUGUUGUGAAAUGAGGGUGGUUACAGUGAGUGUUAGCAAGUUUUAAAUAAACUGGAAGAAAGCAAAACACACCUGGUGUUGAAAGUUUUAUGUUUAUUGUAAGAGAAAUGAAAUGUGGAUGCAGCAGACCUACAAUGUGCCUAAAAUGUGGACUCUGAAGGUGAAUUAAAAUGAAAAAAAUGUGUAGCACACAAACGAAAAAUGUACAUGACUAAACACAUUUAUGAACAUCUAUUUAAUACUGAAGUACAUUUUAAUGAUGGAAGAUCACACACACACUUUGAACUAAGUUGUGUGUCACCAAGUAUUGCGUUCCAGAAUGUGGUAGAGUGAGAGUUGCUGAACACUGGUUAACAAAAUCAACAAUGUACAAAGUUGUUUCUGCAUAUGGACCUUAAUGCUUACAAAACUUCAUGGGCAGUGUUGACGUGAAUAGUACAGUUUGCUAUAUUUUUAUGUCACGGUGGUGCAAAUAUAGACAUUUUCAGACCAGGACAAAUUGUCAAGUUGCAUAUGUAAAGAAAGAGUAAUUACAAAUUAAAGUUGUUUGAAUCGCUUGGAUUAAAACAAGAGGUUGUGGUAUAUAAUUUGUUUCUGUUCAAGUUGAAAGCACAUCUGAAAUCAAUUCAUGGAGCUUUGUAAUAUUGACUGUGUCGGUUUACGGUCUGUGGAUGCUACGGGGUCCAGCAUUGUGACUUUGAGUCACAAACAUCCAUGUAGCUUCAACUGUGUGGUCUAAACGUUAUAAAAGCAAUGUUAUUGUUAAACUAUUUAAGUCUAUAAUAAAGGUACAUUAUAACAUAGGAUCUGUACUCGGCUUUAAUGAUAAUCACGAGAGUGUUUUGCGUGGUGUUCCGUGCUUUAUAACUUGCACUACCUUAGACGCUUUGAUUGUUGCUUUCUGUACAGGGCCUUGCCACAUUAGGUUUCAAUGUUUGGAUAAUAUUAUCCACUCUUGAUCAUGUUUAACAGAAUUAGGUUUUGUGCGCAGGUCUGAGCUUUAACAAGUUAUGUUUUUCUGUCACAAUUUACGUUAAAAAUAUAAUCAUAACGGUGUUAAAUAUUGUCCAUUUCUAAACAAUCACAUAAGUUUUUAUUAAUCCUCAUGAAUAAAAAUUAGGAUACCUGUUAAUAUAACUUUAUAUAAACAAUACAUUCACAGUAUAGUAAUGGUAUGAAUAGAGAGCAAUCAUAACAUUGUUAAUAUGACUAAAAUAAGUAUAUAGCCUGUACUGUGUUAAAAAAAAGAUAAAAUUCACACAUUGUUUGCACGUUACUAACAUAACGACUUUGAUACAGGAUUUAUUUGGCAAUGCAUUCACAUAUACAAAACACUCAAAAUAUGUAUAAUUGGCCAAUAUACGCCGUGAUGAAUGAUGAUAGUGACUUAGCUAGCGAUAUGUUGGCCAACAUAGGCCUGUGAUGAAUCGUAAAAGUUAUUUGGCUGUCAGUAGCUAUUGUACUGUUGUAAGGCUCUUACAACAGCAAUGCACAACAAUUCAAUUACAUGAUUACAAGCAAUUUGCUUUUGCCUCGUGUAUAAUUCUGCAAACGAUUUACAAUUUGUUUCGUGUAAUUUUCACGUGCAAAAAAACCCCAUUACAACAGAUGCAAACUUAAUCAAACGGCAUAACAUUUCCAGACAGGGUCUGGCACUCCAACAAACGGAACGGUAAUUUGGCUUGGCCCGAGAAACGUGAGAGCUCCGUGUAUAUAUUUUGUUUUAAAAUUUGCCAUUUUUUUGCCUACAUUUAGGCGAGGCUGUUUUGUCUUAAAAUGUUUUUUUGGAGAAAAGAAAUAUUUUUGUAAUGGUGUUCGAGCAACAGAAUGUACACGAAAAUGUUGGCGGAUGACUGAAGUUUGUAUUCCUCGACGCUAUCAUUGUGUUAGUCUGCCACUAGUAUUGCUGUACAUUAUGUAUGUACAUGUAGUAGUGUCACUUGUUGCUGCUUCUAAUACGAUAAAUUAAAUUAUUUUAAACCAAGUUAUUUUUACAUUUGUUGUUUUUUUUUCGACGAGGAAAGUGAAUGGAGGUUCACCAAAGAAGCAGGAAAGAUGACAAUGUUCCAGACUUCACUGUAGCGAGACAAAUGCACUAAGAUUAUAAACACAUAGUGGAUAAUUUUAAAUCUAUAUUCUGUUCGUGAAUAAAAUGUCAUCUUUAGCCUAACGAGAGUGUGCUUACGUUUCUUUUGUUUAAAUAAUGCGACACGUGUGUGACUCGGUUUGCUCUGUAUAAGAUUGCAUUGGCCUACGCUAAAUUAUUCGUGUCUUCAUCUUAUUUUAACUUAUAUAGCGCCUUGACCGAGGGGCUAUAUAAACCAGUGAUCACACAACUUAGAAACAAAUGUUUUGUUGAGCAUUAACUGUAGCUCACUCAUUUUUUGUAAGUUUAGUUUGUUAAGUGGAAAUAAAAAUAGGAGACAAACCUUU